AUGCCUCCUAAGAAGUAUAAUGGGAGAACCAGAAGUUCCAGGAAGGAAAUAGAUCUGACAAACAGAUCAACGGCCUCUCAUUUCAUAGGUAACGAUGAAAACAGUGCUCAACUUGAGAAUAAAAAUUACAAGGAUGUUGAUGCUCCGAUAUCAAAAAAUAUAACGGAGAUUCUCAAUGACAGUGGAGACAACCCUUUGAAGUAUAGAUUUCCUUUAAACUAUGUCUAUCUAGUUCAAGAUAUCAUGAAUGAAUACAUGACUUUCUCAAGAUUUCUUGAGCUCGCUUGCAACUGUUAUUUGCUUCAGGUUAUUUAUGUGAAGAAAGAGAAGUUUCAUCUACAAGACAAUGUCACCAUUAUUGGUUACAAUUUGGGUGCAUGCUUUAUUGCGAUGUUAUUAGGUUACAAAACUCAGUUGACGAAAUUCCGAAAUAAUCCAUCUAGCUUUCCCAAGCCACAGCUUCCUGAUUUUAAUAACAUCUAUUCGAUCCUUUUGCCGUUGUACUUAAAUAUAACGCAUAAAUCCAAAUUCUUUCUAAUUAACUUGUCCCUUAACUAUUUUGCCCUUGACAAUUUAAAUAUCUAUUUCAACUUUUUAUCAGGACUUGCGUUUUUUUUAUUUAACAAUAACGAAGAAGAGAGCGGAGCGAAACCAUUGGAUUUCAUUUUAGCAUCAGCUGUUUACUUCUUUUACAGAAAUGCAAUACAAUACAUCAAUCUUGGGAAUACGAAGUCAAAAACUACUAUAACAAAAGAAGUCAUUGAACAAGAAGGUUCUGUUAAUGACGAAGAGUUAGCUCUUGCAAAAGAGGGAAGAGCGACAAGUUUAAACAAUGCAGAAAUCCAUUUAAUAAGCUGUGCAAUAUCAUGUCUCUUAUUAAAUACAAGUGAUCCAACAAAAUUCAAUUUGCCACUUAUUAUCUUUCAAAAAUUAAUUAUAAGUUCAACAAUUGGUCUUUUGGCAGCCUAUCCUAGCUUUUUAUACUAUAAAAAAACCGAAAGCAAGCUAGCAUCUUCCGCAACUGUUUUGAUUUUUUCGGCUGUGGUGUAUUUCUCGACUAAUUAUCAACUAGCUAAAGUUAUUAAUAACGAGAAUGCGGUUCGCUGGUUAUAUUCAUACAUCUUUAAAAAUGAUUAUAAAACUAAGGUAGUUAUAAGUUGGAUAGUUUCCUUAACUGCUGUUAUACCUUUAGUCUUCUAUAGGUCAGAUGUCUUUACUCUCAAUACAAGGAGAAAGAUCUGGCAUUUUGUGCUUUUGACAAUGAUUCUUCCACCAUUGUCGACGGAUCCACAAUUCUCGUUGAUUUGCUUACUUGGGACUGUUGUGCUUUUGUCAGUCGUUGAGAUAGUUCGCUACAAUAAAUUCACCUUCUGCGGGCGCUACCUUCAUGACAAAUUAACAAAAUUCCAAGAUUUCAAGGAUCUUAAAGGACCAUUGAAUUUGUCAUACAUCUACUUGGUAAUAGGAACUUCUAUCCCAACAAUUUUUGAUUAUUGUUUGAAUGAGAAUGUAUCAAUAAAAGCAUAUCUCGGACUCAUUUCAUUGGGCUUAGGAGACUCAGUUGCUUCGAUUAUUGGAAAGAGGUUUGGGAAAUUGAAAUGGAGAGGAAGUAAAAAUACUAUAGAAGGCACAGUUGCUUUCUGUAUAGCAUCGUUGAUUGGUAUCAAAGUAAUAGAUUAUUUUUUCAUCCCUGCUAAAUCUACGAAAUGGGAAUCUAUCUUAAUUUCUAUACUAUUAGCGGGUGUGCUUGAGGGAGUCAGCAGUUUGAAUGACAAUUUUUUGAUACCUCUAUACGUAUUAUCUUCGGCCGAAGUGAUUGAAAUUGCAUUCCAAUAG